CCCACCUCCACACCCCACUUUCUCUCUCUACAAUUCUCUCCGAUUUCAAAUUCAAAGAUCAUAUCUUUUCCAUGAAUUCUCACUGAAAAUCAACAGAUUUUUGCAUUUAUGGCGAACAAUUCGAAGAAAGAUAUGGACCGAAUCAAAGGUCCAUGGAGCCCCGAUGAAGAUGAGUUGCUUCAGCAACUUGUCGAGAAGCAUGGCCCGAGAAAUUGGUCGCUUAUCAGCAAAUCUAUUCCUGGUAGAUCAGGGAAAUCUUGUCGGCUGCGGUGGUGUAACCAGCUGUCGCCGCAGGUGGAACACCGUGCUUUUACUCCGGAGGAGGAUGAGACGAUCCUUCGGGCACAUGCCCGGUUUGGUAACAAAUGGGCUACGAUUGCCCGGCUUUUAUCCGGUCGAACCGAUAACGCCAUUAAAAACCACUGGAACUCGACUUUGAAACGGAAAUGUUCGUCGAUGACGAACGAAGAGUUUAAUGACUUCGCGAUUCAACAACCAUCGUUGAAACGCUCUGUCAGUGCCGGCUCAGCGGUUGCCGUUUCAGGUCUUUUCUUCAACCCGGGUAGCCCAACGGGAUCCGAUAUCAGCGAUUCCAGUCCGCCGGCGAUGUCAUUCCGCCCUGUUUCUCGGCCCUGCGCCAGCGUCCCUCAGCAGAUCGAAAUUCCAACAUCGUUGUCACCGCGUUCCCCGACUCCACAGCCAGCGAACGACCCUCUAACGUCGUUGAGUCUUUCACUUCCCGGAGUCGAAACGAGCGAUACGCCAACGGCAAUCCCGAUGCAGCUAAUGCCGCCGUCUCCGACGGUUAUAGCCCCGCCUCCAUCCCCUGUUCCUAUACCGGCGACGCCGUUGCAGCAGGUUCCCGGGAAUCGUAAUCAAGAAAUAAAUCUGAACAAUGAAGCUGAGUUUAUGUCGGCGAUUCCAUCUGCCAUAUCUUUGGCGAUGCAGCAGCUUCAGGUGUCCCGUCCUCCGGCACCGGAGAAGUCCUCUGUGCCGUUAAGUGAUGAGUUUUUGUCAGUGAUGCAGGAAAUGAUAAGGAAAGAGGUGAGGAAGUACAUGAGAGGUCUUGAGCAACCGGGAGGCGGAAUGUUCAAUGGCUUUAGGAGUGGAACUGUGGUGAACAGGACUGGUUAGGUUAGGGUAGCCGGAAACCAUGGAAGGUGGAGGGAUGAAAAAGGAAGAAACUUUCCUCCAUUCUGUUAAAAUUUUAUAAAUAUUGGUUGUUCGUUAAAAAAGGAAAGAAAGAAAUAAAAUUGUAAAGAGUAGAGUUUUUGAGGGGGGAAAAUGGAGGUUUAAUGAAAAGAUAAACAUAAAAAGAUGAUAGUUGUUCGAAA